AUGGAGGAGGAAUUGCUAUUGUUUCCUUUAGGUCGAAGAUUUCCUAAGCAAAAGGAAAUUCGUAAGCAGUGGCUAGAAUUCUGUGAAAUCGAUGAACAUAUUCUGAACGCGGCUACUAGACUAUGUUCAAAUCAUUUUCGUGAAGAAUUGAAGAAAAAACUUAGUAAAGAUAUAGUGCUAAAAUCCAAUGCUAUACCGUCUGUUCAUAUAAAGAAGAAGACAAUAUCUGAACAAUCAAAUUCUACUCUUAAUGAAAUUUAUGAUAACACAAAACAGAAAUAUAAUGCUACUGACAAUAAAAACGUCCAUUGCAAUGUAUUAGUUAAUACUUUAAUGACAGAUACUCAAUGUACUCUGCAAAGUUGUGAUAGUAUUCAAUUGUCGAAGUGCCAAACACCUCCAAAGGCUUGUGUCAGUCCCAUUAGAACACCAGACUCAGCUACGAAAGUUAAAAGAUUGUUAUAUGUUGUCAAUAGUGAACCGUCCACACCUGUGAGAAAUGGAGCUAUUUUAGGCUCAAACUGGCAAACACCUACGAAGACUGUACGUGAUCCUCGUUUUGUUAACGAAAUCAGAACUCCACAUUUAGAUACACCUAGGAAAGCUCGAAGGGCUUUGCAGUUAGCAAAAUGGACUAUCAAACAACAACAACGAAAAAUAAAAACUUUGCAGCAAGCUCGCAAUAGAUUAGUUGCUCGUAUCACAACACUGACAGAUUUAGUAAAGCAUUUACAACAAAAGAAUUUAUUAACUGAAGCGGCGGCUGAAAAUUUACAA